GAGACAUCAUAACUAACCUAACCUCAGUUUCAGUUAGUAGUUGUCAAUAAUAAUAACUAAUAAUAAGAUUACUACUUUACUUUCUCUAUGUACGAAAACCAGAUAGCAAUUCAGGCUUAAUAUUAAUAAUAAAUUUAUAAUAUUUCAAAUUUAUUGUUUCUAACAUCAGUAUGGUUUUAUCAAACUAUUUGUUUUAAGAUUAGCUUAUAUCAAGACGAUGUAAGAUCCUUGCUCUGAAACCAAAACUAGGACCAUUUUUAUAUCACAAAGUUAAAGUGGAAGCGAUUGCCUACCCUGUUAUUGAACUUAGAUUGAAGAAAAUGUUGUUAAAUGAAGUUCAGACCUACUCCCUGACUCAUUUGGCAACUGCCCCAUUUUCAUCAGCCGUAUCGCUCGACCAUUGUUUUGCCUUCCUGACAGAAAAGGGAAUUGAUGUUUUGAGAAGGGCUGGCAAGACGGGGUUGUUGACUUGGGCCAUCUGCCUUUUGCUGAUAUCUACUGUGGUGCCUGUAUCUGCAGAUGAUGCUACUCAACAGAUGUUUGGUGAUUUUACCGAUGGUUUACCUGCAGCAUUCGGAGAUUUCAACUCAGAUGAAAUAACUGAUCUGUUUGUCAUCCGAAACAACAGCAAAACUGUCGAGGUUUUGUUGGGGCAAGAUAAAGAACCUGUGAUGUACUCAGAUGGAAUCAAAUGUUCAUUCCCAUAUAAUUACAAGAUCACAAGUGUAACCCCAGGAGAUUUUAAUGGAGACGCUCUUAUGGAUGUUAUGGUCACUUUGAACGUUGAAGGUGAUAGUUUAAACCACAUAGUAGUGCUAUGGGGAGAAAUGAAACGGUUGAAUUGUACAUAUAAAACAUUAUUUAAAACAAAUGGCCAGCCCCUUGCAAUAGACUAUGACAAAAAUAUGGUAAUUGAUUUGUUCGGAGUUGAUGAAGAUAACAACAGAGCGUUUUGGUUGUUUGAUAAAAACAGUACAACACCGAGAAAAAUUCCCAUGAGAAACAACGAAACUCACGACUUUCAGGGGAAAAUAAGAAAACCACACUCUCACGCUUUCCUGGAUUUGAAUGACGACGAUCUGGCAGACCUUUAUAUCACAACAGAGGACAAGUUUGAAAUUUGGAAAGGAAAUAAGGAUAUUCCUGAUGGGUUUACCCCUUGGCAAACGAUCGAUCUCCCUCCAGGCUUAAAUAAAAACAAACAAGAUGUGAUCGGGCAAACUGUGUUUUUAGAUAUGGAACUGGAAGGCAAACUGGAUCACAUUGUCCCUGUGUGUGACAACAUGAACUGUGACAACAGCAGAAUCUUCGCUUACACUCAAUCUGAUAGGCAGUGGCACGAUUUACAUGUAAAUUUCCAUGAAGAUGGAACAGCCAACAAAUGGAAAUUCGCUGUCAACACGAAACCUCAGAAACCAUACACAGAAACAAUAACUUUGCGAGCAGGUGACUUCAACAUGGAUGGCUAUCCAGACGUGAUGGUUACACUCAACCGAGCAAACUCGCAAGAGUACAAAUCUUUUUUCUUGAAAAACGUUCCCUGCAAGACAGCUUGUACAGAGUUUUCUCGCACGUUUGAAGUGCAAUGGAAUACUUUAAGUCCUUACAACAAUAAUACAGUUCUUGGUGUUUUCUUCGAUUUCCUACAAGACGGUGUUCUCGAUUUAAUAUUCGUUCACUCUCAAGAUAAGCCUACCAUGUUCAAUGUAUCGGCCUACAGGAACACAUUGGAUUACGAUGCCAAUUUUGUGAAAGUCAUGGUCGUCACAGGGCUGACUAAUGUUGAACACCCGUUAAACCCCGGUCCUCUGAGGAAGUCUGCUGGAGUUUAUGGUACAAACCUCCCCGGGCCUAAAGUCAUGUACCAAACAACGACACAAGAAGGUGAUCCACGCUCUGCUGUCGCUACUCAGAUUCCACAAUCGGCCCACUUCACCCUCAACCUUCCCUACACUAUCUUCGGUCUCGGCCGGACGCCUAAUUUCAUCGAUACUCUCACUGUUCAGGUCUAUGGGAAGUCUCGUCAAUGGACUCAACUCAUUCCUAAUUCCCAAAUGGUUGUGAUUCCUUGGCCGAUAGAGGAGGUUUACAGCUGGAAAGUACAGUUGUUUGUCACUCCAAGUAAACUUAUCUUCCAAAGUGUUUUAGCCCUCUUGGCCACAUGUGUUUUCAUUUCUUUGAUAAUUGCUGCUCUUUACUGGAAAGAACGGAAAGAGGAUCAUUUAGAGAAGUUGCAAGAAGCUCAUAGGUUCCAUUUUGAUGCAAUGUAAAGAAAUAAAUACAAAUCAUGGCAGAAUAUAUUUAUAAAGUAUAGACCAAGUUUCUAAACUAAUAUAUUGAAAAUUAAUUGGUUGUUAUUGACUAAAUAACAUUAAAAUGGGACAAAAUUGCAUUAGGGAUGGUUGCAUUAGCGAUCAUUAAAUGGGGUUUUUAUACACAACUCUCUAGUUUUAAAAAUAUACCAAUAAUAUAUGACAUAUUCUGACAUUUAUAACAUCUUUGCUUAGAAAACUACAAUUGCAAGGAGAAUGUAAUAUGAAUCAUAUCCAGAGACAAAUUAAUUUCAUCAACAACUCUGAAACAAAUCAUAUCGGUGACUCAAAAUAUAAACAACUGCUUACUUUUACCUCUUUGAAUUAGAUAUAAAAAUGUAUUGGAGUUGGUAAAAUAAUUUAUUUUCGGUAAAUCCCCCGUAUCAUAUUCUUCCCAGUAACAAACUAUUUUCUUCAUACAUUAACUACAAACCUCUCCAGUUAUCAUUAGGGAAAUCGACUGAAUGAGGACUGGCUAAUGAUCAGUGCAGAUUUGUUUACAAAGUAUGUCAGAUAUGAAUUUUUCAUAAGAUUAAAAUUGUUAUAAUAAUAAUUGUUUAUGCAAUUUUAUAUACAAUUGUGAAAGCUCUUUAUGUUUUGGAUUAUAGUACAUAUUUUAAAAUGCAAAGUUUUUUUUUUAAAUCUGCAUAGUAUAUUUGUUUAGUUUUAACUUGUUUUCUACGGCAAAUUCACUGUUUAUAACCCAACUGCUCUACUCUAUUGGGUUUCAAUUGGUGUGAUUUAUACAUUUUACAUGUUUUAUAUAUCAAUAUGAAACCAAAUCUCUAUAGUUAGACUCAUAAAAAAUAUUUCUUAGAAUCUGUAAGAUUGUAUACUUACCUUAAUUUUUCACUUAUUUCAGGGUACACAGCUUCUUUAAAAACCUUGUGUUCCCAAACUAACUUAAGUAACUAGUGUGUAGAUUCCACCAAUCACUCUGAGCGUUGCCAAAAAUUAUGCAAAACAAAGGAACCUUCAAAGUUCCCUUAACAUCUAGGGGUACAAGCUUCCCUUAGCUUACAUUGCUAUACCGAAUUACUGUUAAUUGUGUGCUGUUACCCUUCAACUACUUGAUUGAAUAGUCAACAGUAUUCAGGAUAUUUGUUCAGUGGAAGGUAAUAGAGAUGAGUUGUAAAAAAGUACUGUUGUUACAGACUCUUCAAAGAUCAUGUAAUAUUCUGUACACUAUUCCAAAGAUGUAAUGCCAUGGUUUCCACAUUAGUUUCAUGAUACAGUAGUGUGUUAAAUGUGAUGAAUGAAUUCGAUUUUUUUAUUUCAUUUUAUUUUUGUAAAUCACCUUCUUAUUGUGAUGUAGUCUUAAGUGCUUUAGAUAAUUAUAUUUAUUUAUGUGAUAAUAUAAUAGUAUGACUUGAAUAUAAUAAUAAAGCUGUAAUGUUUCUCAAAAA